UUGUGGUUUUAUUAACUGCAGAUUGAGCAGCCAAUUCUUUUUCUGUCUGGAUUACAAGACGAGAUGGUUCCCCCAUCACACAUGCAAAUGCUGUAUGCAAAAGCAGCUGUACGUAACAGGCAGUGUGACUUUGUAGAAUUCCCUAACGGCAGGCACAUGAACACCUGGCGAGCUGGUGGGGAUCAUUACUGGAAUACAAUCCUGCACUUCCUAGAACAACACGCGCCCAAGAACAAGGAAAACUAAUCAUCCCAGUCUCAAAAUGAAAACAAUUUCGAGGGAAGGUAACUGCUGGCAAUUUAAGCAUUUCAUAUAUCAUUUAACUUACAUUAGGAGCUCAAGCCUUGUACCCGAUUUUGAUGAUGCAGCUGUACCAAGAGCUCUUUAUGACUUGCUGUCUGCUUUUCCGAUCAUUUCACCAUGAGAAAAAGCUUUCAUUGGCAUGCAAAUAUAAGCCUGCUCAGACACCACAAGAACCUCUAACAAUGAUGUCAUUUUCCAGCAGCCAGCACAGAUGUCAUUAGGCAUCUCUCCUCUUGCUGUUGCAAACAUGCAAAGCAGUGAGAAGAUUACGUGCAAUGGAACUCAGUACUAUGCUUCAGUUGUCCGGUGACAAAUCGGAACUGGCAAUUCAUCCUUGGCUUUAUCACUCUGCCUGAUGUUACUCAUGUUUAUCGUAGGGAUUCCAACGUGGAUUGUGCUUUAAGGCCAAAAAAACAUGGAUUAUGCUUGAAAUCUUAAUUUUGGUGAUGCCUGACUUUGUUAUUAUAAGGUUAAUUAUUUUAAGAUGAUUUUAUGUGGAAAAUGUGGAGUGUGACUUUUUCUUCUGUUCCAGAUGAGCUCUCCAUUUUCCUCUUCUUUUUUCAUGAUAAUGGGAAAUUAAAAAAUAAUUGGAAAG